AUGUCAGAAGUCGACCAGUCCACCGAACAAAUCGCCAAUGACCUCAAGAACUUGAGCACCGGCCCCGUUGAAGAUGCCGUCGAAGAUGCCGUCGAAGAUGCCGUCGAAGAGGUCCUAACUGCUGAGGAGCGCGCCACUGACUUGCUCGAGUCCUCGUACAGCGUCGUCGUCAAGCUGGCCGACCAGCAGGCCGAUGCCAACUCUCCUCUUUACUCUGCAAAGUCCUUUGAGGAUCUUGGCCUCCACGAGGACUUGCUCAAGGGUAUCUACAACAUGAAGUUCGCCAAGCCCUCCAAGAUCCAGGAGCGCGCCCUGCCCCUGCUUCUGCAGAACCCUCCCAGGAACAUGAUUGCUCAGUCCCAGUCCGGAACCGGAAAGACAGCCGCCUUUGCUCUUACCAUCUUGAGCCGCAUCAACUACGACCUCCAUGCCCCUCAGGCUUUGGUUUUGUCGCCUUCGCGUGAGUUGGCUCGUCAGACCAUGGAGGUCAUUCAGGAGAUGGGUAAAUUCACCCAGGUGACCACUGCCCAGGCCAUCAAGGAUGAGAACUUGCCUCCCAAGGUCAACUCGCACAUCAUUGUCGGUACCCCUGGUACCGUUUCUGACCUGAUCAAGCGUCGUGUGAUUGACGCCAAGAACAUCCGCCUCUACGUUUUGGACGAAGCCGAUAAUAUGUUGGACAUGCAGGGUCUCGGCGAUCAGAGCCGCAACUUGAAGAAACUUUUGCCCCGCGACUGCCAGAUUGUUCUCUUCUCGGCUACCUGGGCUGACCGUGUCCGUCAAUUCGCCCACGAGAUUGCCCCCAAAGCCAACGAAAUCACUCUCAAGCCCGAGGAACUCUCUGUUGACGGUAUCAAGCAGUUCUACGUCGACUGCCGUAGUCAGUCCAAGGAGAACAAGACCCAGAAGUACGACAUUCUCGUCGGUCUCUACUCCCUCCUCACCGUCUCCCAGUCCAUCAUCUUCGUCAAGAAACGUGAGACUGCGGAUGAGAUUGCGCAAAAGAUGUCAGAGAAGCACCACGCCGUCGUCUCGCUGCAUGGAAAGUUGGAAGCCGCCCAGCGUGACGAAGUCAUUGACUCGUUCCGUGCCGGAAAGUCCAAGGUCCUGAUCACAACUAACGUCAUUGCCCGUGGUAUCGAUAUCGCCAACGUCAACAUGGUCGUCAACUACGACAUGCCCACAGACCAGUAUGGCCGCCCCGACCCCGAGACUUACCUCCACCGUAUCGGUCGUACGGGUCGUUUUGGCCGCACUGGAGUGUCGGUCAACUUUGUCCAUGACAACAAGUCGAUGCAGGUCAUGAACGAUAUUGAGGCCCAUUUCGAUCGGAAGAUGGUUGCCCUCCCCGAUGACCUUGACGAGGCUGAGGAGAUCAUCAAGAAGGCCAUGAAGUCUACUUAA